AUGAGGCACGACGUUCUGACGCGGCUCUGCGGAGCCCUAGAGACAGCGGCAGGCACAACUUCACAAACUAAGUGUUUCUGGCGAGACCGUUCCGGCGUUUUUCGUUUCCUCUGUAGCCAGGCGUCCUUGGGGGCAGAGAGGCUCCCGACUCCCGCCUUUACCAAAACCAGAGAUGCUGACGCUCCUGUCGUGGCCACCUCGCGCGUCUGUACCCGACAGUCGGAACCCGGGGAAAGCGGUUUACUGCAGUGGUCCGGGAACACAGGAAACACACCAAGUUGCAGAAAUGUUUACAGCGCUGACACUUCCACGUGUUCCAUUUCACGGCUCUCACCGGCGGCCAGGAGCCUAGACUCUGAGGAUCGGUAUGCAACAAAAAAGAAAGGAUUGCGAGGCAGGCGUUCUGAAUGCGAUUAUGAGCCACCUUCAACGCGCGAGUGGAGUGCACAGACAGUGCCCGAGGCGUUCUGCCUACUGGGGUCGGGAGGCAGUCUCGCGCCGCCGUCAUUUGGGCCAUUCUUUUCCGCAGGUGGUAGGAGGUUUCUCCACAGCAGGUUGCGCGUCGGUUUUCAGAAGUCAGAUCAGGAAAAAGACAAACACAACGUUAGAGUAUUCUCGACGCACAUGGGCCGGCAGAGAGCAGAGAUGGAGAAGACACGUCGGAGGGAAGGGCUCGUGGAGGAGGGAUUCGGAGAGGCGGAAGUGACCGGAAGAAGGGAGUCGGUCAGAGCCGCCGAAAGGCAGGAGAGGUCUGACGGCACAGAGGACGCUCUGUGGCGCAAGGAGGCAGACAGUUUGUCUGAGGAGGCUCGCAAGCUUCAGUGCCUCUACCACAGCAGGAGUUCCUAUCUUUGGGACGAGAAGCAGACACUCCGGCCACGCUUACCUGCGUGGUUGCGACAAAACUGCGACGAGGAUAGGGAAGGAGAGAAAAGAGUUAAACCCAGGAAGGCGGAUGGAGCUGCAGUCUGCGUCAUCCUUGUCAACCUCGGCAGUCCCUCGGCGCCGACGUAUACUGAGCUGUGGAAGUACCUGAAUCAAUUUCUUGGUGAUCCACGCGUUGUCGAGCUUCCCUCCUUCCUUUGGUCUUUCAUUCGCUACUUGUUCAUUCUUCCUUUCCGGAGCUAUGCCUCCGCGCAAAAGUAUCAAUCAAUCUGGAACUUCGACCCCGGCUUUAAGUUGUGUGCUUCUCAGUCGCACGUGAACAAGUCUUCUUCGCUUCAGUCUCGGGUCCUUGGGGGCGCCCAGACUGAGGCAGUCCGUCAGACACAAGUGCAGGCAGUUCAGCCCAUCCCUGAGGAACCGUGUACAGUUUCAACUUCUGCUGAGGUCGAGGCGAGGAAAGCGAAGGACAGGAGGGGAGGAAAGAACUCGAUAAUGUAUGCGGAACGCUCAGCAAAGGAUGCAACUCAGAGGGCGCAAGCCCCUUUUUCGUCUCUUGAAACAGAGGACAAGAACACAGUUUACCCUGUCUCAGGAUCCAGUGGAUUUGGGAGCUCACGUGAUUCCCGGAUUGCGACUAGCGACAUGCAUCAGGGAGAGCGAGACUUCUCAGGCGCUCCCGCGCCUCUCGUGCGUAUUACAGAGUGUCUCCGAAGCAAGGUUCAGGCGAGGUUCGACACCCUGCUCUUGCACCUCAGCGAACGGGAGAGGCGGGGAAAACGGGACGCUCGGUACGAUGAGAACUGUCUGGAACGCGGAGACAGUUCCAGGCACAGAGGUGAAAAUCUAUUUUCUCUGGACAGGGACAAGAGAGGGGAGGCGCUGUCGAAGGCGGGUGCUCGAUGCCCACCUGGACAUGCACGGGAACAAAGCAAAGGAGACACCCGCGAAGACCCCUUCCUUUACCCAGAGUCGGGCGAGACUCAGGCGAGUGCGUGCAGUUUGGCUGGUAACAGUGACAGACACUCUUUUCUGGAAAGGAGUGACUAUGAUGCUGCGCGGCGUCUGCAGCCUGCAGUUCGUGUCCUGAUGGCCAUGAGGUACGGCGAGCCCUCCCUUCCUUCCGUCCUUCGGGAAGCUCGAAAAGGCGGCUGUCGGAAGCUUUUGAUUCUUCCGCUGUAUCCGCAGUCCGCCGCUUCGACCACCUCCUCCGUGUAUGACGCCGCUAUGCAGGAAAUCAUGAAAUGGCGGGUGAUGCCUGACUUGCGCCUUCUCAGUGGAUACGCGGACCACCCGGCGUAUAUCGCUGCUCUCGCCGCCACUGUCCGACGGUUCUGGGAAGCGAAGGAAACCGCAAAGAACGCACGCUCUGAAUCUUCUGGUGCUCGAGGCCGUGGCGAAAAACUUAUUUUUUCUUUCCACGGCAUUCCCCUCAACACAGGGAGACAGGCCGGAGAAAUUUACCAGUGUCUCUGUGCCAAAACCGCACGUCUCACUGCCGAACAGCUGCAGCUGAAACCGGAGGAGUUUGAAGUGGCUUUUCAGUCACGCUUCGGUCCCGCCGAGUGGACUCAGCCGUACAUGGAUAAGCGCCUUGAGGCUCUGGCAGUCGCCGGGUACCGUUUCGUGGAUGUUGUGAUGCCCGGCUUCGCGACGGACUGUCUGGAGACAAUUGAGGAGAUGGCUAGUGUCUACCGCGGAAAAUUUCUCGAACUCACACACGGCGAAGGUGAACUACGGGUGCUUCCCUGCUUGAAUGCGAGCGAGGAGGCGACAGCGGCGGUGUUUGCCAUUGCGAGGGAGCAAAUGACGGACUGGCUAAAACUGAUGGUGCCGCUGGAAGGGGAAAAAAACCCUUGAGCAGAAUGGGCCGACAGAGUGCAGAAACACUCGUUCAGGAUGUGAGUUGGUAGUCUUUCUUUUACAAAUACUUUGUAGAAAAAGCUUGUAAAUAGGCCUGUCUGAGAGGUGCAAGACGGGGCUCGACCCCCACCAACAACUGAUCUGUAGGUGGACACUACUUCCGCUCUUAUGUACAUUUGACUGUGUUUCUCACGAACUAACGCGACAAAAGUCGAACAGAUAGAUGACACCGAUGGUUUAUUAAGGGUUUUCAUCGUGCAAAUUCGC